AUGCCUCCUGCAGGGCAUCGCCCUUUAGACCCCUCACUACCUCCCUCUACUGAGGUCGACAACGAUGACCGUGCCCCGUAUACACCAGGCAGUAGCUCAAGUCUUUCAUCGUCAAGUCUAUACAAACAUCUCCGGACGCCGUCAACAUCCAGUCUCAACAUUCGUCACCCAGUUGACUUAAGAGCCAUUACCUACGAUGGAGCUGUCGAUGAGAAUCUUGUGUGCCCUAUCUGUCGGUGCCCGCUGGUCGAUCCUGUUCUGACCGAAUGCGAUCACAUCUUCUGUCGCGCAUGUAUCACCGACGCCUUGUCCAACACUAAACUAUGUCCAAUCGACCGCUCACCGUUGGACAGUGAUGGGGUUAGCCGAGCCCCCAAAAUGGUCCACAACCAACUGGAUUCUCUAAAAGCCAAGUGUCCCUGCUGUGCCUCUUCAUUCGCUCGGUCGAUGCUUGAAAAUCAUGUGGAGAAAUAUUGCCCGGAGGCUAAUGUGAAGUGUCCUGGCAUCUACUCUGAGAAAUAUUGCAAAGAAGUUGUGAAGAGACGGAUGUCUGGUCGAGGUUGUCUGCACUAUCCUGUGGAAUGUCCAGACUGUAAAGAGACGCUUCUACUUGUAGAGAUGGAAGAGCACCGGGAAGCUUCUUGCAACGAAAAGUUGAAGGCUUGCGAGCACUGUGGUGUCAACAUUCUCCGGUGCAAGGAGUCCGAACACCAUGAAGAGUGUCCAGACGUCAUUCGACCUUGCAACUGGGCGGAAUAUGGUUGCCAGCACGAAGCAAAGAGAACUGAUCUACAUCUACACGCAGAUGAAUGCAGUUUUAAGUUAGUAGGUCCGAUGGCAGACACCUUGAAGAAAGAAAUCAAGCUUCUUCGGUCAGAUAUGCGCAGUCUGGCGGAGACCAACCAUCUCCAGGAGCGCCGCAUCAAGUUUCUAGAGAGUGCGCAGAGAGCUUCAGACAGGCCUAUGGAGCUGAUGGAUUUAUCUCUCGCCAACCUCCCCGAGUCAGCAAAUACAGAGCCCCUAGAUUCUGGGCACGAGUACCUCCUCUCGUUGCUGGAAUCACAGCAGAGCCGUCUCAGCCAGCUCUCCAAUGAGUUGACUGAUUUUCAAGGGAAGAACACAAUGAUGCUCCUGAACGAAACUAUACCCAUAAAGAACGAACUUUCAGAAUUGAGGAGCACGCAACAAGUUACCUGCAUGCAUGUUCGCUGGCUAAUGAGGUUCCGAAUGCAAGAGAACCAGAGGCGCUUUGGGGGUUCGCCUGGGCCUGGACCGAGUGGUAGUCCUGAUGGUGGGGGAUCGAGCAGUGACCUGCCCUUUUCGCGGAGACUGAGCGACUCUGCGCCACGGGACAUUAUCACUAAGCUUUGA